GAAAAAUGUAAACAUUUCUUUAUGGUUUUCUAUAUAAACUGAUCACAGACUCUUCCUUGGAUUGAUGGGCGAAAAACGUCACGCAAAGCUUAAAUACCACCAGAACUUUUACGGUGCCCACAGAAUAUAUCAACGUACAACGUCAUUCCCCCGCUUCAGUGUUUGCGGUGAUUUCGGUCUGUUUAGUUUGUCGGAAGUUUUGUCUUCACGCUCUGUGGAAUAAUGGCCAACGAAAUAAACCCAAAAAUCGAAAAGUUAUUCGAACUGGACCCAUACCUCAAGCUGCACGAGAAAGAAAUCAGGCGGAGAAAUAAUGAGCUGCGCAACUGGAUUAACAAACUAAACCAGCUGGAAGGUGGCUUGGACGAGUUCACUCAGGGUUACAAGUACUAUGGGCUGCACAUCGCGCCUGAUAACAGCGUAAUUGCACGAGAGUGGGCACCGGGUGCAAGACAGUUAUACUUGACCGGUGAUUUCAAUAAUUGGCAAUGGGAAGCCACCCCCUACAAACAGCUACCUUUCGGCAAGUGGGAACUGAUCAUUCCACCCAACGCGGAUGGAUCUUGUGUCAUUCACCAUCACUCGGAGAUUAAAGUCAUCGUACGGAAACAAGACGGCCAACUGGUGGACCGUUUAUCGCCGUGGGCGAAGUAUGUGGUCCCUCCCCCGAAAACGAUGGGUGUGAACUAUCAGCAACGCGUGUGGCACCCACCGGCGCACGAGAAGUACAUGUUCCGCCAUCAAAGACCGGCCAAGCCGCGUGCUCUGCGCAUCUAUGAAUGUCACGUAGGAAUUGCGACCGAAGAGCUUGGCGUUGGCACGUAUAGAAAUUUUGCUGACAAUGUUAUACCGCGCAUCAAACAUCUUGGCUACAACACGAUUCAGGUGAUGGCAAUAAUGGAGCAUGCUUACUAUGCGAGUUUCGGAUAUCAGGUCACGAGUUUCUUUGCGGCUUCCAGCCGAUCGGGCAAUCCCGAAGAGCUAAAGUAUAUGGUUGAUAAAGCUCAUGAAGCUGGCAUCUAUGUUCUGUUGGAUGUAGUCCAUUCACAUGCCAGUAAGAACACACAAGAUGGUUUGAAUCAGUUCGAUGGCACCAAUGCGUGCUACUUCCACGAUGGGGCCCGUGGUGAACAUUCUUUGUGGGACAGUCGCUUGUUUAAUUAUUCUGAAUAUGAAGUCUUGCGAUUUCUACUGUCGAAUUUACGAUGGUGGCACGAUGAGUAUUGUUUUGAUGGGUAUCGUUUUGACGGGGUCACAUCAAUGCUGUACCACUCUCGUGGUAUAGGAGAGGGUUUCUCUGGGGACUAUAAUGAGUAUUUCGGUCUCAAUGUUGACACUGAGGCGCUAAUUUACUUAGCCAUAGCAAAUGAGUUUUUACACAAGAUGGAUCCGAAUAUAAUCACUAUCGCGGAAGACGUCAGCGGUAUGCCAACAUUGUGUCGUCCCUGCGAGGAAGGUGGGGUGGGAUUCGAUUAUCGUCUUGGAAUGGCCAUACCGGACAAGUGGAUCGAGGUUCUCAAGACAAAAGCUGACGAAGAUUGGAACAUUGGUAAUAUUGUACACACUUUGACCAAUCGCCGAUGGAAGGAGGGCACCGUUGCCUAUGCCGAAUCGCACGAUCAAGCAUUGGUUGGUGACAAAACGAUCGCUUUCUGGUUGAUGGAUAAGGAGAUGUAUACGCACAUGUCUACAAUGUCAGAGCCAAACUUGAUUAUCGAUCGUGGAAUAGCGUUGCACAAAAUGAUACGGUUGAUAACACACGGUUUGGGAGGUGAGGCAUAUUUGAAUUUUAUUGGCAAUGAAUUUGGCCAUCCUGAGUGGUUAGAUUUCCCAAGGGUUGGAAAUAACGAAUCUUUCCAUUAUGCGCGUCGUCAAUGGCAUUUGGUUGAUGAUCAAAUGUUAAAGUAUCGAUUCCUUAAUGAAUUCGAUCGCGCCAUGCACCAUACUGAAGAAAAAUUCCACUGGUUGGAUUGCCUCCCAGGAUACGUGAGCUGGAAACACGAAGAUGAUAAAGUGAUCGCAUUCGAACGGAACAAUUUAUUGUUUGUGUUCAACUUCCACUCCUCGAAAAGUUUCACCGAUUAUCGCAUUGGAGUGGAUCUAGCUGGCAAGUACAAAGUAGUGCUCUGCAGUGACGAUAAGGAGUUUGGUGGGUACGAUAGAAUCGACAAGAAUACUGAGCAUCUUACAUUCCCGGAGGGUUGGGCUGGUCGGAAAAAUUAUUUGCAGCUAUAUAUUCCGACGCGAGUGGCUAUGAUAUUAGCAGUGCAUUAAAUGUUCUAGCUGCUGAUGAACUGAAAAUCUGCCUCAUGAAAUGGUAAUAAAGUUCGCAACCUCCCGUGGGGGUAUGCUUUAGAAGGCUUGUGAAAGGGGGAUUAUAUUGCUGGUUAUUCUAUUAUUCUGUGUUUAGGAAAGAUGUAUUUUUAUCAAACAUGUUAAAAAAAUUGAAAUAAUAAAAAUAAAUAAACGUAGGUCAA